CAAAUGCUAAGUGUUUUUGUCGCCGUAUUAGGGGCUGUUUGGAUGGACACGCAAGAAAUUUACUCCGUACUCCGUAACUUCACACUGCACAACAAUCAAUGGUGUGUGUCACGGACGAAUCAUAGCGGAAACGAUGUACGACGGUACGGAUGCACUCCAUAGCACCGCCGUACUACACCAAGAAGAGCAUCAGUACUCUCCGAUCGCAGACGAUGAGGAAGGAAACGUCGGCAGCGGCCCCGGUGGAUACGGCGGUGAUGAUGCCGUGGAUGCCGACGUUUCACCUCACAUCCAAUUCGACCCGCAUUCUCAUUCCCAGGUUCUUCACAACGGCUCCAUCGUCUCUGUUGCGCCCAUGAAUGGCAUGGAUGGAAAUGGAAUUUCAUCUCACGCCCUCUAUGUCCCCGGAGGAUUGGAAAACAUUGCUGCUCCUACUGGCGGAGUUGCGGCUAACCAGCUUACCCUAACUUUUCAGGGCGAAGUCUAUGUGUUCGAUGCUGUUUCACCUGAAAAGGUUCAGGCAGUUCUGUUGUUGUUGGGUGGAUAUGAAGUGCCAUCCAGCAUUCCCAGUGUUGGCGUGGCAACCCAGAGACAAAGGGGCAUGGGUGAAUAUCCUGGAAGAUUGAGUCAACAUCAAAGGGCUGUUUCUUUGAACCGAUUCAGGGAGAAGAGGAAAGAGCGAUGUUUUGAUAAAAAGAUUCGAUAUACUGUGCGUAAGGAAGUUGCACUGAGGAUGCAACGUAAGAAGGGUCAAUUUACAUCUUCUAAGUCGAUAUCUGAUGAAGCAGGUUCAUCUUCUGCAGAUUGCAAUUCAAAUUCUGGACAAGAAGAUCAAGAAACAUAUUGUAGUCAUUGUGGUAUUAGCUCCAAAUCUACACCUAUGAUGCGCCGUGGCCCAGCUGGCCCGAGGUCACUUUGCAAUGCGUGUGGACUUAAGUGGGCCAACAAGGGGAUUUUGAAAGACCCGCCUAAAGUUCCACCUACAGGAGUUCAAAACCUCAUUGUCAUCAAGACUGAUGAACAGAACAACAAUGGUGAAGUGAACAGUGCCAGUGUUACUGCCAUUAUGUCUAAGCAUACCCAGCCACCAACUGCUGAAAGGUGACGAAGCUAUCGGUUGCCACUGACAUGUUUACAACUCGUAUACAUAUAGUGUUAAGAGUUCGAAAUAAUGUAAUGACAGCAAACUGAAAAUUGUGGCAUUAGGCAAAUUCAGUGUACAUAAAAAUAUCUUCUCUGCAUUCGAAGUGAGACUUGCGCCACAAGAGAAGAGAUACUCUCAAAGUAGUCUCACCCUAGUUAGAUGUGCUAAUGCAGACAACGAGUAGUUUUCUAGUUUCUCCAUCACCUUUGUUUUCCAAAUUACCCGUUUGACUUGUCUGAAGCGUUGAUUAAACAAAAACAAAGCUUUUACUAUAACAGAGUAUGUACUUUAUUAUAAUUUUUUAUUUCUAGUUUUAGCAAAGCCGGGUUUACAUUCACACAGAAGUACUUUGUACCAAAAUAGCUCUUAAUGAUUGAUGUAGUUUGUGUUUGAAAAUUGAAAUAUGAAUUAACUUUGCAAUCACAUUAUUUUAACAUUAUAAACUUAGACAAAAACAUUAUAAACUUGAUUUUAGUACGUAGUGUGUUCAAUACUCAGACAUGUAAAUAUGUAAUUGCUUAAAGUAUCUCUAGAUCUAAUAGAAAUUUCAUCACUAUUCGUGUUUUACAACCUACCUGAUAUUGGAAGAGGAAGUAAAUUGAUAUUUCCAUUUUUCAAUUUCAGAUAAAUACAAAAAAGGUACAUGUGUAAUAGGGUAAAUGUCUAUAGUUUAUUAUUAUUAUUAUUAUUAUUAUUAUUAUUAUUAUUAUUAUUAUUAUUAUUAUUAUUAUUAUGAUCAUCAUCAUCA